AUGUCUGCGCGAAUGCGGUCACACAAUAUUCUGGAUCAAUUAACCCAAAAACUGCUCAACAGGCGAAUAUAUCAAGAAUACCCCCUUGUCGACUCCGCAGACAAACAAUAUUACGUGGCUGGGACGGUAAAUGGAAUGCUCAUAGAGGCCCUUCCGGAUACUGGAGCAGAUAAGUGCUUCAUAUCAUCAGAAUUAGCCUCUCGUCUUGGCCUUCUUCCUGUUCCUGGGACACAAGAAAAGAUAACACUGGCCAAUGAAAAGGUGGUAGAGUCUCCUGGGAUGGUACAAGUGCCGUGGGAAUUUGCCAAGCAACGAGAGAAGCACAUGAUAAACUGCUGGAUCCUCCCCGGGUGCAUUCGUGAUCUGGUUCUAGGAAGUUCUUUCUUACAAGCAACAAAUACGCUGAAAAAGUUCCGCGAUCGCAUUCAAGUCAGGCUUCUUGGGGUAUUCAACCGGUUUUCGUUGAGUUUUCUAGGGGGCAAGAAGCAACGUUUGCGGGGGUAUAUCAACGGCCAUUUGACUGCGGCACUUCCGGAUACAGGCUCUGACGCCAUGUUUAUCAAUGGUGCAUUUGCCCGGAAGAUUGGGCUAGAUAUUGACUCUGAUGUCAGAAAUCUGGUUGAAGUCGAACUCGCUGAUGGAUCCACAACCAUGACGAGUGGCAUUGUACGAGAUGUACAGUGGAAAGUAGGUAAAACAACAGUGCAAUGCACCUUCCAUGUGCUUGAAGAUCUGUGCAUGGACGUUGUUUUAAGCAACAGCUAUUUGUUCAACAUGAACAUAUUCUCGGAGCAGGAGGAACACUUCUUCGACAUGGAUUCCAAGGAUCAUUUCGACGAUGAUUCUUCCUAUUUUUGCAAUCUCCGUCUACUUAAGAACAAGAAUGGUAAGCGCGCCAAUCAUUACCUUGAGUUUUAUCUAAUUGAUGCAGUGGCUUCCCCCAAGGCAUUCAGUCCCGAGAUGACCCAACAUGAACUGGAACAAUUGGAAAAAUGGGAAAAAAUGGAAGAACUCUACAGACGAGAUGAAAGUCGCGACUGGAUAAUGAGUUUGCCUGAAGAGCAACAAGAAAAGGCUUCCCAAGACGAGAAAGCACGACAGCAGUGUUGGGAGGCUUCAAGAAAAGAACGUAAAGCAAAAUGGGCAGCUGCAUCACAUACGGCCAAGGAGAAUGUUCGCAAUGAUACUGACCUGAUAAGUCGGUUAAAGAAGCGAUUCUGUAUAGGGACUCCUCUGAGGAAGUGA